UCCUGGGCCCUGCCUUUUGGGACCCAGCGUGGGGGGAGGCAGGGGAGGCUGGAGAAGAGGACACAGGCCAGCCUGUUCCAGCCCAGGAGACAGAGGGCGCCUCUGUCCACUCCUGGCCCCUAGCCCCACUGGGUGUCUGUCUGUGAAGGGGUGGAGCCAGUGGAGGGUGUCGGCGGGGGAAGGACGACUGAAGACAGGUCUCCCCACACAGCUCCGGUAGCCACAUUUGCAGCCUCGUCUGUCUGUCCAGAACCUGCUCCCAGGCUGACAGUGAGCUACAAGAUGGGCUCUGAGCUGGAGACGGCAAUGGAGACUCUCAUCAAUGUGUUCCACGCCCACUCGGGCAAGGAGGGGGACAAGUACAAGCUGAGCAAGAAGGAGCUGAAAGAGCUGCUGCAGACGGAGCUCUCCGGCUUCCUGGACGCCCAGAAGGAUGCGGAUGCUGUGGACAAGGUGAUGAAGGAGUUAGAUGAGAAUGGAGAUGGAGAGGUGGACUUCCAGGAGUAUGUGGUGCUGGUGGCUGCCCUCACAGUGGCCUGUAACAACUUCUUCUGGGAGAACAGUUGAGCAGACGGCCCCAGUGGGCAGCGCCCUUCGCCUCCACCCUGCCAUACCUGCCCCUUCACCCUGCUUCCCCCUCACCCCACUUUUCCCUCCCCACCAACAAGGGCGCAAGAGUAGUGGGCCAGGCCUGCAACUCAUCUUUCAUUAAAGGCUCCUCUCUCACAA